CUGCUAAGAGCAAAAGCCUUCUCCACCCGUCGCCUCGCCCCACCCUUAGAUGAUUCAUAGCCCUGGCCCCGCCCAAGGCGCUCAUUUAACUCACUUGUGAAGCUAGGCGCUGCUCUACUUACAGGUCGUUGCUCGAGCCCGCUAGGGCUCUUAGGGUGGAGGAGGCUGCGGAGUCCCGGCGCCAGGUCCUUGUCCCCGCGCGCCAUGAGUCCCGCGCGGCGGAGCGCCCCCGCAGUGCUGCGCCUCCUUGGCGGGCUGACCCUGCUGCUGCUGCUGCUGUGUCCACCCGCUGCGCGGGGUGACUGCGGUCCUCUCCCAGAUGUACCUAAUGCCCAUACAAGUUUGGGAAGUGUUACAAGUUUUCCUGAACAAGAAACAGUAACAUACAAAUGUAAUGAAGGCUUUGUAAAAGUUCCUGGCAAGCCAGACUCAGUGAUCUGUGUUAACAAUCAAUGGACAGAGGUUACAGAAUUUUGUAAUCGGAGCUGUGAUGUUCCACCCAGGCUACUUUUUGCAUCUCUCCAAGAGCCUUAUAGCAAACAGAAUUAUUUCCCAGAGGGUUCCACUGUGAAAUAUGAGUGCCGAAAGGGCUACAAAAGGGACUAUUCUCUAUCAGGAACACUAAUUUGCCUUCCGGAUUUUACAUGGUCCAAACCAGCUGAAUUUUGUAAAAAAAAAUCAUGUCCUAAUCCUGGAGAAAUACCAAAUGGUCAUGUCAGUAUACAAACUGGCAUACUAUUUGGCGCAUCCAUCUUCUUCUCAUGUAACACAGGGUACAAAUUAGAUGGUGUAUCUUCUAGUUUCUGUGCUCUCGCAGGUGAGACUGUUGAGUGGAGUGAUCCAUUGCCAGAAUGCAAAGCAAUUGCAUGUCCAAAACCACCAGAAAUUGACAGUGGAACAAUUCUAGAACCACGUGCCACUUAUGUGUAUAGAGAGUCUGUAACAUAUAAAUGUGAGAAAGGCUUCACCCUGGUUGGAGAGAGCUCUAUUUAUUGUACUGUAAAAGACGACCAAGGAGAAUGGAGUGGGCCGCCACCUGAAUGCAAAGAUAAUUCUAGGAUUUCCAAGGUCACAUCAACAGUUCAGAACCCCACCACAGUGCAUGUUACAGGUACUGAAGUCCCAUCAACUUCUCAGAAACCCACAACAGUAAAUGUUCCGACUACGGAAGCCCAAUCAACUCCUCGGAAACACACCACAGCAAAUGAUUCAGCUACAACAGUCAAAAAAUCCCCCAUAUCGAACACUCUAUUUGCAGAGAUCCCACCAGCAUCCCAGAAUCCCAUCGUGACAAAUGCUUCUGCUACACAAGUCACACCAAAAACCCAAAGAGUCAACACACAGAGUCUUCCAGCAACACAAAAGUCCACUCCUGUACAUGCCUCAGUGACUAAGGGUUUCCAUACAACACAGAGAUUGACCUCUGCUGCUCCUAUUACAGCAGCACCGACUCCAGCUGUUCCCAGGGCAACCACGCGUUUUCCUGUAACAACCACAUCUGCAGGAAGAGGAACCCUUCUUUCAGGUGCUGUCAUCAUUGCAUCUGGAAGCCAUAUACAAAAUAUAAUUCAUGUCUUCUAUUUUUUCUUGAACUUGCCUCAUAACCAGUAUAUUUGCCAUUGUGAAACUACCGUAUAUGUGAUUGCUCAUGUUUCUAUUAACUCUACCAAUUUUUUCCCCCCUCAAGGAAUAGUUGCUGGUACUGUAAUAAUUAUCCUAAUUCUAGUCAAAAUUUUCUUGGACUGUGGAAAAUCAGGGACACACAUGUAUAACAUUGACAGUUUUGCUUAUGAUGCUAGUCACUAUUGGCUAGCUGACUUAGCCAAAGAAGAGUUAAGAAGAAAGUGCACACAAGUACACAGAACAUUUGUAGUUUCUUAGAGCUUUCUGGAGGAGUGGACACAAUAAAUGCAGUAGUGCUCUUCAUGUUACAUGUUCUCGUUGUCCUUAAGGUGCAUAGGAAUGUCAACGAAGCAAAGAGAAAAAGGAAUCUGUCCUGGAAUCACAUUCUCAACACUCCUAAGACUCUUGAAAAUAGAACAACUUGCAGGAUUGAGAGUGAUUACUUUCCUAAAAGUGUAGGAAAGUGUAGAGAUUUGUUCAUGCUUAGAAUGUGAGCAUGAAGAAAAUAAGUGACUUUUUUCCCCACUAGAUAUGUAAUGUUAUUUUUACUUACAAAGGAAAUAAAAAAAUUAAAAAACAUGAAUUGGAUAUUGAAAACAAACAGUAAAAUCAGACUCUUUUGAGCAAAAUUCCUAAAAAGAAAUGAGCCACAUUAUAAAAUAAUCCUUCUUGACUAUAAGGCAUUUGCAUCUUAUUCCAUUAAAAUGAGUCUGAAUGGGUUGGCAAAAUAUUUUAAAGGAAAACAUGCUAAUGACCCAAGAGUGUUCAGUUUCUUGGUUUAGUUGGUGGCAAAGGAAGAGUAUAGCAUGAAGGAAUAAUUCUUUGUCACUACAAUUUUGUUCUUAGGACAAUCUUUUCUUUCCUUUUUUUUUGG